AUGAUUUCUUCAAGUACUUGGGUUCCAAGGGGUUUUGCUGCAGAAUUCCCAGAGAAAUAUGAAUUAGAUGAUGAAGAAAUGGAAAGAAUCAAUGCCAUGGCCAAUUUAGAACUUAAUGAUGCCAAAGAACAAUUAGCAGAAGCAGAAGGUGAAGAAGAAACAGAAGACAAUGAUUCGGGGAAUGCCCCAAAAACAUCUAAAUUAGUUGAACAAAUUGAAAUAGAUGAUGAUUUAAAAGAAUAUGAUUUAGAAAAUUAUGAUAAUGAUGAAGACCAGGAUGAUGGAAAUAAUUUAGGAAAUACUAAAAUCUCCAUGUUCCCAGGUUUAUCCAAUACUGAUGCUAAAUUAUUACAAGAUGAAAGUGGAGAAGGUGAUAAAUAUUUAUCUUUACCAACUGAACUAGAUGAACAAGAAGAAAAGAAAGAAAAUCAAAUUUAUCCAACUGAUAAUUUAGUUUUAGCUACUAGAACUGAAGAUGAUAUAUCUUGGUUGGAUAUUUAUAUUUAUGAUGAUGGUGCUGGUGCUCCAAUUGGUGCUGAAGAAGAAGAAGAAGAUAAACUAGACAUUGAUGUUGCCAAUGGUAUGAUUAGAGAAUCAAAUUUGUAUGUACACCAUGAUAUCAUGUUACCUGCUUUCCCAUUAUGUGUUGAAUGGAUUAAUUAUAAACCAGGUCAAGAAUCAUCAAAUAUUGGUAAUUUUGCUGCUAUUGGUACUUUUGACCCUCAAAUUGAAGUUUGGAAUUUAGAUUUUGUUGAUAAAGCAUUCCCUGAUGUUAUUUUGGGUGAACCAAAUAAAAAUUCAUUCAUAGCUAAAAAGAAUAAAAAAUCCAAAAAAAAGAAAAAGGGUGGUCAACAUAUUACUACUCAUCAUGUCGAUGCAGUUUUAUCCUUGUCACAUAAUAAAAUCCAUAGAUCAAUAUUGGCAUCGACAUCUGCUGAUAAAACUGUGAAAUUAUGGGAUUUGAACAGUGCUACUGCUGUUUGUUCGUUUGAUAAAAUUCAUCAUAAUAAAACUGUUUCAUCUUCUCAAUGGCAUUCACAAGAAGCAUCUAUUUUAUUGACAGGUGGGUAUGAUUCUACUGCUGCUGUCACUGAUGUAAGAAUAUCUGCAUCUGAAAGUUCAUCAUCAUCAGAUUCUUCUAAACAUUAUUCCGUGGUUGCAGGAGAAGAAGUUGAAAAUGUUAGAUGGGAUCUUUCUAAACCAGAAUUAUUUUAUGCCGGUACUGAUAAUGGUAAUGUAUACAGUUUUGAUAUCAGACAGGAUUCUAAGCCAUUAUGGACUUUACAUGCUCAUGAUGCCGGAAUUUCUUCAUUGGACGUUAAUAAUUAUGUUCCAGGUAUGUUGAUUACUAGUGCCAUGGGUGAAAAAGUAGUCAAACUUUGGAAAUGCCCUUCAUCGUCUGAUGAAAAUAACACCACCAAAAAACAAGGUCCUUCCAUGGUUUUGUCGAGAGAUUUUGGUGUUGGUAACGUGUUAACCACAAGUUAUGCUCCUGAUAUUGAAGUUGCUGGUAAUGUAGUCAUUGGUGGUAUAACAGGAGGAUUGAAAAUGUGGGAUGCAUUCAGUAAUAGCUCAGUUAGAAAUGGGUUUAGAGAAGAAUUAAUAGUAUUACAAAAUAAUGCUAGACAAGAAGCAAAGAAAAAUGGACGUGCUUCCCGAAUUGCUAGAAAAUAUAACAGCAAUAGUAAUAAAGAAGAAAUCAUGACUGUUGAAGCCGGUGGUUUGAAAGAUGAAUCGGAUUCUGAUAGUGAUGAAGGUGAAGAUGUACCUAUAGAAAUGCAAGAAAAAGAAGAAGAAGAUGAUGAUGAUGAUGAAGGCAUGUCAGAUGAUGAUGAAAAUUAA